ACACAUUCAUACACAUGUACACACCCAGUCUCACACCGCCAGCCAGCCAGCCACUCGUUCCUCACUCACACCCUCAAAUCUUACCAAGCUCGGCUCUCCCUGCUCAGAGGCAGACAGAAGCAGCACAGCAGCCUGUUAUAGGAGUUGAGGGAAGGAGCAGCAGAGUCAGAGAGACAGCCAUUGACAGAGGAAAAGGGAGGGGGAUGAAAGAGUGAAGAGAGAGCGCUGUUGCCCAUAUGCUGAGGAGGCAUGGGCGGUUGAACAAGCUGCCCCCACUGAAGCCUCCUGACUCAUGGGAGCGUCAGACCCUGAUCCCCCAGAGAGCUUGGAAACGCUGCCGAUCCACGCGCAACAGAGAAGGAGGGGAGCCAGAGAGAGAAAAAAAAAAUCCACAGAGACGAGAGGAGACGGAAGAAAGCCACAGCGGUAGGCUGUCCCACUCAACUGCUGAGCCGUGAUGACGUCAGCGGGCAUGUGACCCAGGCUCUCCAGUGACGGCACAUGGAGGGCAGGAAAGAGACGAGUUUUAAAGCUGGUGCCUUUUGGGUUGUGUGAGGGCUCUGCUCGCCUCCCAAACAACCACAGAACCACAGACGUGCGGCUCGGGGUUGGUGUUUGAGGGCGACCUGGAGUGUAAAUGGUUAAUCGUCGCAGGCCAGCACCAGUCACAAGGACGGCGCUAAGCGAGACGUGUCAAGGGUCACGGAAACCACAGAGGAACAAAAGUGGGGCUUGCUGCAACCAGAGGCAGCUAUGGCAUCUAACAGCCUUUUCAGCACAGUGACACCAUGUCAACAAAACUUCUUCUGGGAUCCCAGCGCCAGUCGGAGGUUCAGUCCGCCGUCCAAUAGCCUCCAGCCGGUCCCAGGGAAGAUGAACGAUGUGAGCUCCCCAGCCGGGCAGCCGGACGCGGCGGCGACGGUGCCAAGACUGCGCCCCCACGAAAACCGCAGCAUGGCCGAGAUCAUCGCCGACCACCCGGCCGAGCUGGUCCGGACCGACAGCCCCAACUUUCUGUGCUCGGUGCUGCCCUCCCACUGGCGGUGCAACAAGACGCUGCCUGUCGCCUUCAAGGUGGUUGCUCUAGGAGACAUCCCUGAUGGGACUGUAGUCACAGUGAUGGCGGGGAACGAUGAGAACUACUCUGCCGAGCUGCGGAAUGCCUCAGGUGUGAUGAAGAACCAGGUAGCGCGUUUCAACGACCUCCGCUUCGUGGGCCGCAGUGGCCGAGGCAAGAGCUUCACGCUGACAAUCACAGUAUUCACCAACCCACCACAAGUGGCCACUUACCAUCGAGCCAUAAAGGUCACCGUAGACGGACCACGUGAGCCCAGGAGGCAUCGUCAAAAGCUUGAAGACCCUCCGAAGACCGGUCUCUUCUCAGACCGCCUCAGUGAGCUGGAGAGAAUGAGGGUGAGGGUCAGUGUCCCAACUCAAGGCCCCCGACCAACUCUCAAUACAGCGGCCAACUCCUUCAACCCGCAGGGUCAGACACAGAUCACAGACCCUCGUCAGUCCCAGUCCUCUCCUCCCUGGUCAUAUGAACAGACGUACCCGUCCUACCUGAGUCCCAUGGCAUCCCCCUCAGUCCACUCCACCACCCCCCUCUCCUCCAGCCGAGGCACGGGCCUGCCUGCCAUCAGUGACGUGCCUAGACGAUUGCCAGGUUCCUCCGACCUGAGCCCAUUCCCCGGUCAGUUCGAGCGUCAGUUCCCGGGCCUCUCCUCCCUCACAGACACUCGCUUCUCUGGUCCUCGGAUGCACUACCCAGCCACCUUCACCUACACCCCGCCCGUCACCUCCGCCAUGUCACUGGGCAGCACCCACUACCACACCUACCUUCCUCCGCCUUACCCGGGUUCCACUCAGACCCAGAGUGGACCCUUCCAGACCAGCAGCACGCCCUAUCUCUAUUACGGAGCUUCGUCCGGCUCGUACCAGUUCUCCAUGGUCCCCGGUGGCGAUCGCUCGCCCUCCCGGAUGAUCCCGCCUUGCACUAGCGCCUCCACGGGCACCACCCUGGUGAACCCCAACCUGCCCAGCCAGACGGAGGGCGGGGUGGACGGCGACGGGAGCCACAGUAACUCCCCGACAGUUCUCAACUCCGGGGGCCGCAUGGAUGAAGCCGUCUGGAGGCCAUAUUGAAGAAAAGCAGGGGUGUGGAGAUUGGAAGUCAGCUGAGGUCAUGGUUUGAAAGCACAAAACCUUUUUUUUUAUUAUUUUAAAAAAAAAGGGGGGGGAUUUUUGAGCUCUCAUCAGCUAUCUCUACCUUUUGCUUGGAGAUUAAGGUUGAGAUAAAUGAAAGACCAGACUUGUACGGACUUGUCUUCCUGGAAUGUGUUUUGACCAAGGCACUACAAAGGGAGUCGUUCUCACAGCAAUAAUGAGAAAGACAAUUUUGAUUUUACUCGGCCUAUGUGGAUGAGACAUUAUUUCAGUUUUAUUAUAAUCCACAAGCUAAGGGAUGCUUCAACAAUAUUUGUAGAAGACUGCCUCUUUUUGUAUAGUGUUUGUAUUUCAGUAAGGCUUUUUGCAGAGCAUGUUUUUGUACUAUGACAAUAUCAAGAUGCAAGUUAAGCACUGAGUAGCAAGUGAUGAGCGUAACGCAUAUGUUACCUUAAGUGGUAUGGACAGUAAAUUUGCUUUAAAACAAUUAAUUUAACUUGUAUAUUGUGGGUGAAAUGAUGUAGAUUAAGGCGUUUUUUUUUUUCUCUUCUUAGUUUUAACUUAUAAAGCCAUAAAUUAUGUAUUGUAUUUGAAACUUGAGUCAAAGAAGUGUAAUCUGAAUAUUUUUGAUGCAUCUAUGAGUAAGUUAAAAUUAUUUUCUUUUCUUUCUUUCUUUAUUUUGAUAGGUAAUUUAAGAGAGCGAGAGGUUUAAUCUUUUUUUCUUUUUUUUUUUUUGUAGCACCCAAAGAUUUAAAUUGUUUCAAAUAUGAAAUGUAAUUUCCAAAGAGUAUUGCAACAUGUUUCUUCUGGUGUAACUUUCAGUUUAACUGCUCCACACAUUAAGAGCCUGACAUCCUCGCUAGGCGUUGACACACAUUUGGCUUGGAAUUAAACCUUCAGUAUUUAUUGAGCAAUAACUCGCAUUGUGCCUCUUGGCAACAUACCACGAAAGAGAGCUUCAAUGGGGGAAAAUAAUUACCCAUUGGGGGAAAGUCUGCUUGAUUUCUCCAGUUUGUCUGGUCUGACAUGCACACAGAUACAUAUGCAUUUUCUUAUCCAAAUACGAAAUGGUACAUUUAUGCACGAAUUGACACGGAGUCCAAAGAUGAUGAUUGCGGUGCCACGCCUGGUGCUGCCGCUCCAAAGAGUCGGGUCAGACUUGCAGGUUCAGUUCAGUUUGUGAUACAGGAACUGCUCAGGACUGGAGUAAUCCCCUCACAUUUGCUGUACGUGCUCUGUCGAGAUGGCAGGGGAAACACGCCAAGUCUGUUGUUGCUUUCACGUUAUGUGCAAAAGAUAGCUUUGAAAAAGUUUGUCUUAGUGUGUGACACAUGGGUACUUCUCUCUUCUUUUCGGUCUUUAAGGUUGAAAAGGGGCGAUAUCACAGUUAAAUACAAAAACAAAAGGAGACUGUGACAUUCCUGCAGAUGUUUAUUUAUUCCAAUUUCUGUUUUUUCCUUCUUUUUUUUUUUGCUUUUGUUGACAUGAUUUACCAAAUGUAUGCAUACAGUACUCACUAACCGGUGUCACAAUCUAAAAUCUGUCUGUGGCACCAGGAUGAGUGGGAGUUCUGAUAUUUUCCAAUCUGAAAUUAGUAUGUGAGAGGUUUUUUUUGUUUGUUUGGGGUUUUUUUAGCGUUGGAGUAAAGGGAAAAAGUGCAAAAACCGAGGUGAUUGGAUGCAGCUGCUGGCAGCAAACUGGUAACCAAAAAAUAUGGGAGACUUGUGUAUGUUUGUUUCAUAAAGCACUUAUUUCUUGUUUUAUUUCUAGCAGCACUUGUGGCUGGCUGCCAGCAGGGCUCGUGGUUUUGGUCCUCACUGCCGAUAUAACGCCACUGGAGUCGCACACAUACUCACACUCUCACACACACACACAGAGAGAAUGGAUAACACUUGGCCAAACAAGCCAUUUACAUUGGAGCUGAACCUGAUCUCACAAGGCAGUUGGUAUUUGUUUGAAAAAAAUACUUUUUUUUCUCCCUCCCCCUUUCAUGCAAUAUGAUAUUCAGUGCAUAUAGGUAAUAUAAUAACCCAAUUUGAAAAAGCUGAGAAAAACAUGGUCCUGUCCAAAGAUCAGACUUCAAGCUUUUCAUUGGAGGUUUGCACGCAGCGUGUCUUUUCCAGUCUCUGCAGAGGAUGUUCUGAACUCACUUAAUGGAAUUGAACAUGUCACACUACAUUUCCCCAACUGCUUCAGCCCAAACGCAAAGUCUUUUUGCUGUUACGGUGUAACACCAGAAAGCAGUUCAAAUCCUUUUAGAUUGUUGUGAUUUUAUAGCGUCUUUCCAAACACAAAAUCUCCACAGUAACCAUUUAUUUCUUCUUUAAAAACUGUUUACAUGUCGAUGCAGCACUGACAUCCCAUUCUGUCCUCAUGUGCUUUUUGUUUUUGUUGGGUUUUUUUCUCUUUUCUUCUCAUUUCUCGGAUCAUCCUUUUCUUUCCUUUGGUUUAAUGUUGCAUACAUCUGAGACCUUGUAUUAUUUAAUAAUUAACAUGUAUGAUAUCCAGGAAGCAUACUUUACUUUUACCCUGCUCUUAUGUAAAGUUUUCUUGUUAUGUGUCCUUAUUGUUAUGCUUCUUCUCUCAUGAACACUUGUCAGGAAACUGAACCUAAUGGAGACGCCAUUAGAUUUUGCUGGUACGUUUCAUAAACAUCAUCGAGUGGUCUUUUUUUUUU